UUUACGUGGACAUUCUGAGCCAUUUUUAAGGGCAUAGACGCUACUAGCAAUGAGCUCCCAAAGCCAUCCAGAUGGACUUUCUGGCCGAGACCAGCCACUGGAGCUGCUGAACCCUGCCCGAGUGAACCACAUGCCCAGCUCGGUGGAUGUGGCCACAGCACUGCCUCUGCAAGUAGCCCCCACAGCAGUGCCCAUGGACCUGCGCCUGGACCGCCCGUUCCCGCUGCCCGUGGCGGAGCCGGCGCUGCGGGAGCAGCAGCUGCAGCAGGAGCUCCUGGCCCUGAAGCAGAAGCAGCAGAUCCAGCGGCAGAUCCUCAUCGCCGAGUUCCAGCGGCAGCACGAGCAGCUCUCACGGCAGCACGAAGCCCAGCUGCACGAGCACAUCAAGCAGCAGCAGGAGAUGCUGGCCAUGAAACACCAGCAGGAGCUGCUGGAGCACCAGCGCAAGCUGGAGCGGCACCGCCAGGAGCAGGAGCUGGAGAAGCAGCACCGCGAGCAGAAACUGCAGCAGCUCAAGAACAAGGAGAAGGGCAAGGAGAGUGCCGUGGCCAGCACUGAGGUGAAGAUGAAGCUGCAGGAGUUUGUCCUCAACAAGAAGAAGGCACUAGCCCACCGGAACCUGAACCACUGCAUCUCCAGCGACCCCCGCUACUGGUAUGGGAAGACACAGCACAGCUCCCUGGACCAGAGCUCACCUCCUCAGAGUGGGGUGUCAGCUUCCUACAACCACCCAGUCCUGGGGAUGUACGACGCCAAAGAUGACUUCCCUCUUAGGAAAACAGCUUCUGAACCCAACCUGAAACUGCGGUCCAGGCUUAAGCAGAAAGUCGCUGAGAGACGGAGCAGCCCCCUGCUACGCAGGAAGGACGGACCUGUGGUCACUGCUCUUAAAAAGCGUCCCCUGGAUGUCACAGACUCUGCGUGUAGCAGUGCUCCUGGCUCCGGACCCAGCUCGCCCAAUAGCAGCUCUGGCAAUGUCAGCACUGAGAACGGCAUCGCACCCGCAGUGCCCAGCGUCCCAGCUGAGACCAGCUUGGCGCACAGGCUCGUGACUCGAGAAGGCUCUGCCGCCCCUCUCCCUCUCUACACGUCGCCAUCCUUGCCCAAUAUCACCUUAGGACUUCCUGCCACCGGCCCCUCUGCGGGCACAGCGAGCCAGCCGGAUGCGGAGAGGCUCGCCCUCCCAGCCCUGCAGCAGCGGAUCUCCCUGUUCCCCGGCACCCACCUGGCCCCGUUCCUGAGCGCCUCGCCCCUGGAGCGGGAGGGCGGAGCGCCUCACAGCCCUCUGCUGCAGCACAUGGUCCUGCUGGAGCCGCCGCCCGCGCAGACACCCCUCGUCACAGACUGCUAUCUUUCAGGCCUGGGGGCGUUGCCCCUCCACGCACAGUCCCUGGUCAGUGCAGACCGCCUGUCCCCGUCUAUGCACAAGCUGCGGCAGCACCGCCCCCUGGGGCGCACACAGUCGGCGCCCCUGCCCCAGAGCGCGCAGGCUCUGCAGCACCUGGUCAUCCAGCAGCAGCACCAGCAGUUCCUGGAGAAGCACAAGCAGCAGUUCCAGCAGCAGCAGCUGCACCUCAGCAAGAUUAUCCCCAAACCAAGUGAGCCAGGUCGGCAGCCUGAAAGCCAUCCUGAGGAGACCGAGGAGGAGCUCCGAGAGCACCAGGCCCUGCUGGAUGAGCCCUUCCUGGACCGGCCCCCCGGACAGAAGGAGGCCCACCCAUUGGCCAGCAUCCAGGUGAAGCAGGAACCCAUUGAGAGUGACGAAGAGGAGGCGGAGUCUGUGCGGGACGCGGAGCAAGGCCAGCGCCCACCCACUGAGCAGGAACUGCUCUUCAGACAGCAAGCCCUCCUGUUGGAGCAGCAGCGGAUCCACCAGCUGAGGAACUUCCAGGCGUCCAUGGAGGCUGCUGGCAUUCCCGUGUCGUUCGGCGGCCACAGGCCUCUGUCCCGGGCACAGUCGUCUCCAGCCUCCGCCACCUUCCCCAUGUCAGUCCAGGAGCCAUCCACCAAGCCAAGGUUCACCACAGGCCUUGUGUAUGACACGCUGAUGCUAAAGCACCAGUGCACCUGUGGGAACACCAACAGCCACCCUGAGCAUGCUGGGAGGAUCCAGAGCAUCUGGUCCCGCCUGCAGGAGACAGGCCUGCGCAGCAAGUGUGAGUGCAUCCGUGGACGGAAGGCCACGCUGGAGGAGCUGCAGACCGUGCACUCAGAGGCCCACGCACUGCUCUAUGGCACAAACCCCCUCAACAGGCAAAAACUGGACAGCAAGAAGCUUCUAGGAUCGCUGACCUCAGUGUUUGUCAGGCUUCCUUGCGGUGGUGUCGGGGUGGACAGCGACACCAUAUGGAAUGAGGUGCACUCAUCAGGGGCGGCCCGCCUCGCAGUGGGGUGCGUGGUGGAGUUGGUCUUCAAGGUGGUUACAGGGGAGUUGAAGAACGGCUUUGCUGUGGUCCGCCCCCCAGGACAUCAUGCUGAGGAGAGCACCCCCAUGGGGUUUUGUUACUUCAACUCCGUGGCAGUGGCGGCCAAGCUUCUCCAGCUGAGGCUGAAUGUGAGCAAGAUCCUCAUCGUUGACUGGGAUGUGCACCACGGGAAUGGAACCCAGCAGGCUUUCUACAGUGAUCCCAGUGUGCUCUAUGUGUCCCUGCACCGCUAUGACGAUGGGAACUUCUUCCCAGGCAGCGGGGCACCUGAUGAGGUGGGCACAGGGCCAGGAGUGGGCUUCACUGUCAACAUGGCUUUCACGGGCGGCCUGGACCCUCCCAUGGGAGACACAGAGUACUUAGCAGCCUUCAGAGCCGUGGUCAUGCCGAUCGCCAACGAGUUUGCCCCAGAUGUGGUGCUGGUGUCCUCGGGCUUCGAUGCUGUGGAGGGUCACCCGACGCCUCUCGGAGGCUACAACCUGUCUGCCAAAUGUUUUGGGUACCUGACAAAGCAGCUGAUGGGCCUGGCCGGCGGCCGGGUCGUGCUGGCCCUGGAGGGCGGCCAUGACCUGACGGCCAUCUGCGAUGCCUCUGAAGCCUGUGUUUCUGCUCUGCUGGGAAAUGAGCUCGAGCCUCUGUCAGAAAAGGUGUUACAGCAGAGACCCAAUGCCAAUGCUGUCCGCUCCAUGGAGAAAGUCAUGGAAAUCCACAGCAAGCACUGGCGCUGCCUGCAGCGCCUCGCCUCCACCGUGGGCCAUUCCCUGACGGAGGCGCAGAAGUGCGAGAGCGAAGAGGCCGAGACCGUCACCGCCAUGGCCUCGCUGUCCGUGGGCGUGAAGCCGGCGGAGAAGAGGCCCGACGAGGAGCCCAUGGAGGAGGAGCCACCGCUGUAGGCCCUGGAAGCUGCUGUUCUCUCAUUUGUUUGUCUGUCUUGAAGCUCAGCCAAGAAACUUUACCGUGUCACUCCUGCCUCUGCAGCGGGGCCCUCUGAGCAAGAAGGGAUGCCCCGCACGCCGCGGCCACGGGAGCCUUCCGCCGCCCGGCCCGACGCCUGGAGACGCACAUGCACACCGGGCAUGUACAUGGCAGGUACAUGGAACACGGGCUGCGUGCCUGAGUACACGCACGGACACACGGAAGCCAAGCACACGCCAGUGGUCCCUCGGGGAGCGCGAAGGGAGGAGCCUGUGGGAACUUGGGCAGAGUUGCCGAGUUCUGGUGACAGGAAGAAGAGAGUGAAAAUCAAAGAUCUAAUAAUACAAAACAAACUUGAUUAAAACUGGUGCUUAACGUCUGACUCUUACCCACAACUCCACAGUCUCCGUGUAAACCACUCAUCUUGUAGGGUUUUUAAAAAAGAAAAGCAAAACAAAACAAAAAACCAAGUUUUCUAUGGCUCUGGCCUGCCCUGCGGAGCCUAGUGGUGAGCCACAGGUUCCGCGCUGGGUCGAGGGCAGAGCUGGUUGGACUUUUAAAAAUAAAAACUGGACAAAACCGCAAUGUGAGCCUGGAAGUCGGCUUGAGCGUCUCAAAGCCAUCGGAAGAUGCGAGUUUGUGCCUUUUUUUUUAAUUGUUCUGAUGGAUUUUUGUGGCUGGGUUUUCUGAAGUCUGAGGGACAAUGCCUUAAA